GAUUCCCUGAUUGGUAGAAGGAAAUGGCCUGGGCGCAUCACAAUUCACAUUUAUCAAAGCCCGCGGGAUUAGUUUGCAAGUCCCGUUGCUCUGUGCUUUACGACAGUAGGUAAUACGCCGUACUCUAGUAAUAGUGGGGCAAAGCAGAGCUCCUAAAAUCGCCUCAUCGCCUUAUGAUAGUGGUUCACUAAUUCUCUCCUCCAGCUGCUCCCGCUCAAAGACAACCCCACGUGGUUUCUCCAUGAGUUCGUCUACAACGCCUGCCAGACGCACAAGACAGCUUCUGAGCCAUCUCGACCACCACACAAUGGCCAACCGCGAGGCACCAUGGCGCUCUACUUUCCUCUCGCACAUCCAGCAGAUGGACUCAGCCACUUUCACGCUCAGCACGCUCCAUGCGCUGGGCGGUAAUCAUUUUGCGCCUAGGGCCAGGACCGUCAUCUUUCGAGGCAUGUGGGCUUCUCUGCCAGACAAUCCUAGGAACCCGGCUCCGCGGAACCCGGCCGUCUACACCAGUGACCUGCCGGCCAUUACAACAGACGUGCGCAUGGAAAAGGUACCCGAGCUCAUUUGCAGCAGACAUGAGCCAUCGGCACUAUCAGAGCCACACUCUACCGCAGGAGGUCCCGUAGAAGCUGUCUUCUGGGCGAAAAGCUCUAGCACUCAGUGGCGGUUUCGAGGCCGGGCGUACGUUAUUGGGCCGGACAUUGAUUCAGAAGCAGCCAUGCCGAUAAGGGCAGCCCUGCAGCCCUGGAUGCGGGCUGUUGGUGGUGCAGACGAACAGAACGAUGCGUGGAGCUGGAGCAGAGAACUUACCGCAUGGUUUGGCAACCUGAGCCCCUUGAUGAGAGGUUCGUUCCGAAACCCGCCACCGGGAACUCCUCUGACACAAGAACCUUGGUCGGGGUUGGAACCUUGGUCGGGGUUGGGGCUGGGACAGGAGGUGGAAGAUGUCAACGAUGCGCUGGCACGAUUGUAUUUUCGAGUGUUGGUCAUUGUUCCAGAGACUAUAGACCAAGUGGAUCUGUCAGACCCCAAGAGAGCGAGGAGAUGGAACCACAGAGCCGAGGUCUCAGACUCUGAAAUCUCGUGGAAGACAACGGAGCUGUGGCCGUAGAGGUCCAAUACCUGCAGCAAAAGGAGCAUGCGCGCUAAUUCACGAACCGACGUUCAUAUCUGUUGAAAAAAUGGUCGCAAGAUAGUCUACGUGCCGUGUGUCUGUACUUGAUCUAGUUUAAAGGUAGAUCAAAAUGGACAACUGAAGCGUGAUAAAAUCAAAGCACUCUGCGGAGCAUGGUGCGACGGAUACACGGCUACUUGUACCCAAACCGGCGCAGUUGUCAGUUCCCUCAGUUACCAAUAGACUAUCCAGCCAGCAACAGUUUCUCCGGGACUAGAAGCAAUAUACCAAGCUGAGGCAGUGCGGGCCAGGAACGGAGUCUUCUGUAACCGCCGAGUUGUUUCCUCCUCACGAGCUAGCAAUGCGACGUGACAGAAGAAGAAUAUGUCUCGAUCCCGUCUUGUGCAGCUAGUUGGCUGUGGAGCCGCCGGAGAGAUGAC